UUCCCACCUAUCCUUUUUCCGAACCUGGUUGAAGAUAUGUCACUGCGAACACUCUUUGGAAACUGGGAAGUAUUUGUGAAGAUUAUCCGGAUACUACUGUGGGGUGAAAAUGGUUUGACCGCACUUCGAGCAGGAGGACCACCACGCAAUGGUAAUAAGUGGGAGGUGACAUCUUUGACACCUGGUUUGUUGGCAUGGGCGGGAGUUGUUGCUAUUUUUCUACUCAGUGCCGACAAGAAGUUUCGCUAUUCUGGCAAGGGUGAGACUACAAAGAUUCAGUACAACUAUAUGUUCUCCUCAUAUAAGAAGGUUCUCAUCAAGAACUGGAAUACGGAAUACACGCAUGACAUUGUGAAGAUGCUCAAUAAUUUCAUUUUCUCUAAAGGUUCGAGAACGGCUGAUUCAAUGUCAGAUGAAGAGGAU